UAAAGCUCAACUUCGCACUGCAACAUUAGGACCUUCUGCACAGACUGCUUUAUUUGUGAUGUGCGCGAAGCAUAAAGCUGCUGCCCUGUAUAAUUUAAAACGAGCGCAGUAACACGAUAACAACACAUUAAACUUAGAUUGUUGUCGCAAUGCACGGGCUCGCCUUCCUCUCCGCCGUGGUGCGCCUCCUGCUGCUCUCCUACUGCUCUCCUGUCCGGGGAUACUUCGCGGAGGAGCGCUGGAGCACCGAGUCUCCGCUCCUGGCUCCUCGGGUUCUUCUCGCCCUCAUCUGUAGAAACUCUGAGCACUCUUUGCCGUACUUUCUGGGAACUAUAGAGCGACUCAAGUACCCAAAGGAGCGUAUUGCUCUCUGGGUAGCAACCGAUCACAAUGAGGACAACACCACAGUAAUUCUGCGCGACUGGCUAUUAAAGGUGCAGAACCUUUACCAUUAUGUAGAGUGGAGGCCAAAAGAAGAACCCAGUCAUUACACGGAUGAAGAUGGUCCUAAACACUGGACAGAUCUCCGGUAUGAGCAUAUUAUGAAGCUUCGACAAGGAGCAAUGGAGUCUGCUCGUGAAAUGUGGGCAGACUACUUGAUGUUUGUGGAUUGUGAUAACCUUCUUACUGAUCGAGAUGUACUCUGGAAGCUAAUGAAAGAAAAUAAGACUGUAAUAGCUCCAAUGCUCGAGUCCCGUGGUGCCUAUUCAAAUUUCUGGUGUGGAAUGACCUCACAGGGUUACUAUAGACGGACUCCUGCCUACCUACCUAUCAGGAAGCAAGUCCAUAAAGGUUGUUUUGCUGUUCCAAUGGUUCACUCCACAUUCCUUAUAGACCUCCGGAAACAGGCUUCAAGGCAUCUAGCCUUUCACCCGCCACAUCCAGAAUACAGUUGGGCAUUUGACGACAUCAUUGUGUUUGCAUUCUCUGCUCAGAUGGCAGAUGUUCAAAUGUUUGUAUGUAAUAAGGACACCUAUGGUUAUCUUCCUGUACCUCUACGCUCCCACAAUACUUUGCAAGACGAGGCUGAUAGCUUCUUACACUCGCUAUUGGAAGUUAAUGUGCGAAAUUCUCAUCUAAUACCUUCCAAAUACAUCCAUGUUCCUAGAAAAAAAACUGACAAAAUGGGCUUUGAUGAGGUGUUUAUGAUAAACUUGCAGAGGCGGAAAGACCGCAGAGAGCGUAUGCUAAGAGCCCUGUAUGAGCAAACAAUUACAUGUAAGGUCAUUGCAGCAGUAGAUGGAAAAGCGAUGAAUGUCAGUGAAAUUCAUGCCUUGGGUAUUCAUAUGCUCCCAGGAUAUGAGGACCCUUACCAUGGUCGACCACUGACAAAGGGAGAGCUAGGUUGCUUUCUUUCCCACUAUAACAUCUGGAAGGAGAUUGUAGAUCGCCAUCUGCAGACUUCCCUUGUGAUUGAAGAUGACCUUCGUUUUGAGGUCUUCUUCAAACGUCGCUUGAUGAACUUGAUGAGUGAGGUUGAACAUGAAGAUCUGGACUGGGAUCUUAUAUAUAUUGGUCGGAAAAGAAUGCAAGUGGAUCACAAGGAGAAAGCAGUGCCAAAUAUACAUAACUUAGUGGAAGCAGAUUAUUCAUACUGGACUCUAGGUUAUAUGAUUUCAUUGCAGGGUGCUGAAAAGCUUUUGAAAGCAGAACCACUGAAAAGGAUUUUGCCGGUAGAUGAGUUUCUUCCUAUAAUGUACAACAAACACCCUGUCUCUGAUUAUAUGGAGCAGUUUGAAAGCAGGGACCUGAAGGCAUUUUCUGCAGAGCCUCUCCUGGUGUAUCCAACUCACUAUACAGACGAUCCCGGCUACAUCAGCGACACUGAGACCUCCACUGUGUGGGACAAUGAUAAGGUCCGUACAGACUGGGACAGAACAGCACGCUCUGGAAAAACUCAGGAACAAGCUGAGAUCAGCCGCGAGGCCCAAAACACAGACGUGCUCCAGUCCCCUUUGGACAGUACGGCUCGGGACGAGCUUUAAGAGAAACUGAGACCUUAAAGUUUAUGGAUGCACUAACCAUGCCAUCUGAGAUUUUUAGUUUUUUAACCUUAGUGUUAUGAUUUAUUUUCACUGCAGUUUAAAGAAGGAUUAGAUUUUGUAGAUAUGACAAGUUAAAAAGGGAUCAUGGCUGACUAAUGUUGUGUAGUUUUAUUUUAUUUUAAUUGGGCACUAGACUUGCCAUUGGUAAUGGCAUUUGCAGUACUCACUUUCUGUCUGUCAUACAGAAAUUAACAGAUGCAAUAAAAGCAAAUUAAAUGUGGUACAUCUUAGCCAUUUUAGGUUUCUUAAUUAUAUGUUGCACUGCAAAAUGUUUCUUUUCCAAAUGUCUUAACAGUGCAGAUGUGUAGAAAAACAAUCUGAAAAUCAAGCAGAAAUUUAGGUUUCAAGUCAACUUUUGGUGCUAAUUCUCAUUUCAAAAUGGAAGAUAUUUUGCAACUUUGUUUAGUAAAUCACUUUAAAUGAAAUAAACAGUGUGCUCUGGGAUGCAUAUGACUACAUGUUACACUUACUUUUGCUAUAAAAAUUAUUCACCUUUUACUGUGUACAACCAAAUCAAUGGUUUAUUGUGCGAAGAGAAGAAAAUUAAAAGUUUCCUUUAAGAAUUAAA